CUUGCUUUAACCUAAUCAAUCGUACGCAGAGAGAAAAGUCCUCAGGUUCCAACCUGAGAAACUCAUCAGUCGUGGCUUCAUCCGGGCAACAAUCAAAACAAGGUCUUUCUCGAAGAAAACCAUCUUCUCCUACAACCCUUACUUCACCAUCCCGAAUUAUCUACAGGGAAACCCUAAAAAGUUCAUCAUCAUCAUCAGAUUCAGAUCUUAACUUACCUUUCUGGCAACGUACCUGGUUCAUAACACUUCUUUUUCUCAUGGCAUUAUCUUUCUUCGCCAUCGCCCUUGUCCUUUUCCUCACUCUUGACUCCGAUUACACCUCCACCCCUGUCUCCGCCGCUUCUGAAGGCGUUCAGAUUACUUAUGGAUCUGUAAUCAAACUUAUGCACGAAAAGACUAAAUUCCGUCUGCAUUCACAUGAUGUUCCUUAUGGUUCUGGUAGUGGGCAGCAGUCUGUUACUGGGUUCUCCACUGUUGAAGAUUCUAACAGCUACUGGAUUGUAAGGAAUGCAGCUGAUAAAAGUGCAAAACAAGGAGAUUCUAUUAAGAGUGGAAGUUCAAUUAGAUUGCAACAUAUGAAAACUAGAAAAUGGCUUCAUAGCCAUCUACAUGCUUCACCCAUAUCUGGCAAUCUAGAGGUUAGCUGCUAUGGAGGGGAGAAUGAAUCAGACACUGGUGACUAUUGGAAAGUUGAAAUAGAGGGAAAUGGUAAGACAUGGAGACAAGGUCAAAGGGUGAGACUUCAUCAUGUUGAUACAGGUGGUUACCUACAUAGUCAUGACAAGAAAUACACUAGAAUUGCUGGGGGUCAACAAGAGGUUUGCGGUGUUAAAGAAAAGAAAGCCGAUAAUGUUUGGUUGGCGGCCGAAGGUGUAUAUCUACCGGUUGCGGAAACCAAAUGAGAAUCAUCUAUAUGCAAUUCCUAGAUUAUUUUGGCACAAAUUGUUUGUGAUUAGCUACUGUAAGUUGUUGGACUAUGACUGACUCACUUAUGCAUCUUUUGAGUUUGUCAAUAACUACACUAUAGAUUGUGAGAGUUUGUUUUAACAACACUAAGUUCUUCUAUAAUGCAUUCAUUAUUCAAUAGUAUUAUUCUUACAAGAAAACAUGCAAACUAAUAAUAUAUAUGUUCCUUGAUUUUGUCUUUAAUUUGUAUCUUAUUAAAACUAUAAUACUUUUGCCUUUUACUAAUGAUAUAUAUAAUGUUUCUCCUU